AUGUACGGCAACGACUUCUUAAAAGCAUGUACGACGAAUGUCAAAGUAGUAGAGGGACUCAUGGACUGGUACUACACGCACUACACCUAUCCAGAGCAGGAAUUCGGGCAAGAUACGCUAGGAAGGGCUAUUGGAGAGCUCAGAAGGCGCAACAUCGUCUGCUCUGCUCAGCCGAAUCGACUCUGGGUGUUUGGACAGACCGAUGAAGACAUCCUCCAUGCGGCAGAACUGCAGGAUCUGCCAUUGACUGUGCAAGAGAAGGGCCUGGUCCGCGAUACACAGCCUCUAGACACGAGCAAUGGUGUGGAGGUCAAGGAUAUCUUACUGGAGGCAGUAGAAGGCUCUACGACCUACCUGUUUGCCAUGGGCCAUGGAAUGGUGCACGCCGGUCCUUGUGAGUGGCUGCUGAGCCCUGCGGUCGAGGAAGCAAGCGAGUCAAACGGCACUGCCACAAUUAUCAAGCUGCACACUCGGAUGACUGAGAGCGGCGCGAUGUAUGUCUCAUGGACGAAAUACCCGUCCAAUCUUCGCCCUCUACACUUCUUCGGCGCUUUACCUGGCAGCGAAGUCUUCUUAGCGCCGAGCGGCGUAAAAGCAAGGCUCAUUGCACAGAGUGAUACGAAGGACCCUCUACCAACCACCGCAGAUAGGCAGAUCAUUCGAGGCGCCCACUGGAAACAGAGUGUCUCGGAUGUUCUGUUGGCAGAAUGCAUCGAGAUAUCACCCGAGGAUAAAUGGUCUGUCGUGGAGCUGUCGGGUGCAAACAACACCGAGCACUUCAUCUGGCCUGAACGAUUAUGUCUUGCGCACUGGCCCACGACACGCCCAGACUUGAGCUCAGCGUCGGACAUCGAAUGGCAGUACUGGUUCAACAACCCAUCUUACACGCAGGCAGGAUUCAGAGAUCCUUUUGCCGCUGCGGAAGGGUGGUUUAAGGACGUGACGACGCGAGACAUGACUACCCCCGCCAAAGAUACGGCCAUGAUUGACAACACUGCGUCAAGCUCAGCUGCGAUAGCAGAAACGCCAAUAGCCACAUCGCCACCAUUCAACCAACGCCAGGUCGACCAGCAGGCCGCCUUAGCUGGAAUCUACCCUACUCCACCUGACGGGCUAGUGCCUGGGCAUCUGCCGGUUCAUCCAACUUCCGACAGUCUGAGUUCAGCCAUGCAGAUCGAUUCGACGGCCAUGGAGGAGGACUCAGCAUUGCCUGCAGAUGCUGAUCAUGCUGGAAGAGGCAACAGUAUGGAGUCCGCCAGAGAGGGGCCAACAUAUAAACCACACAGUGACGAUCUGUUCGGUGACAUAACAGAGAUGGACUUCGGUACUAACGAAGUUGGAGAUGAGGACUUUGAUUACUUCGAUGAGCCAGACGAGGAGACUGAAGGCGGAGAAGGCACCAAAGACACUGAUAUGGUCGAGGAACACGCUGCUGGAGCAGACGACAAUAUUCACCAACCUCCUACCGAUAUGGUCAUGAAUAGCACCGAUGCUACGCCGCGCAGUCCGAACCUGUUGCCUUCGGAAUCUCUACCGGAUCCUCCGACUGUCAACACUGUGCCUGACUCACCAGUCAUGGUCCACGAAGAGCCUCCGGCAAAAGACAGCCCUCUUCCACCAUUUCAGUCGCCUGCGCCUGUUCUUCACCCUCCCGAGAAACCUCUAAGCCCCUUUGGCAUCAAAGAGAGACUCUUCCCACCGCCUGUACCGGCUAGUGCAAUGUCAGCUGAUGGGCUGUCCUCCCGGUCACACCACCGCAGCACAUUCGAUCCAGUUCAGUUCAACGAAGGUCUUACAUUUUCCGACAGAUAUACAGUUCCGAACAAGCUUCGUGCCCAAAAGUCGUCACCAGAUGGACCAAACAUAUCCCUCCCCUCCAAAUCGAAGAAAGAGCGGUCUAAGCCUUCUACCAGCCCAGACGAUGCGGACACGGAUAUGUAUUCUUCGAGUGAAGAUGACUCCUACGGUUCCAUGACGAGCGUGAGUGAAGACGACAACAUGCCGCCAAAGUUGCCGUGGGAGUCGAAGAAGAGGAAGAGGACCUCCAUGCAAGGACAGCUGCAGCUCACCGGGCCUCAAGCCCAAGGAUGGUUUGACGACGCAUCCGGAAUGGACGACGAAAACAUUGUCGAUGAUCGGCAGAUGCAGAUGCUUACAACAAGCAUCAUGCGCCGGCCACACCGUGAUGCGACAGGUACAUCUACUAGCCGCUUUGUCCGCCACAACAGCGUCAAUGGGAAGUGGAACUCCGCAUCAGUCGACGUUGCAAAGGUGCUGGCGCUCACGAAACCUGAGCUGAUAUACGUAGCACAACUUGUCUGCGAGCAAGCAUCUUCUUCGACCGGUGCAAUUAAGGCUGCUGUCAAGACUAUGGGCCCGGCUGCAGACCCGUAUCACAAGUCUACUGAGGCCUCCGUAGCUACCGCUGUCAGGACUGCACUCGACCACAUUCUCCCUUCGGCACAAGACUGUGGCCCUGCAAAAUUGGCUUUGAUCAAAGAGCCACCGCCACGCCCCAUAGCUGCCAAUAGCAAAGCCCCUCAGAUGAGUCAGCCGCGCAUGCCAUAUCGAGAAGGCAGCAUGCAGCUUGGCCCCGAUUUCUUUCCCAUUCCACCACCGUACGUGCGCGUCCAGCGUGGUGCGGACGCCUGGGAGAUGCUACCGCCCGCCGUUGACUUCUGGAAUGCCUUGAGUCUUGGACCCGCCAAUGGAGCCAAGGACAUGACCAGCAUCAUCGUCCUACCAGAUAACGCGGAUCUGGCGAGCUCCGCACAAGACUUCAUGCGGAGUUUCUCAAGGGCAUACGAAAGUUGCAAGCUGGGUAUUUGUGAACCCGAGGAUGCUCUUUCACUUCCGGAUCCUGGCGAUGAGGAGGAUGGAUCUGCCUAUUUGUCGUAUGAGAACGGAGUCUUAAAGUUUCGCGAUACUGCGGACGCCCCACCCAUUGAGUCUGCGAUGAACAGCUAUCGAACGGCUUGCGAACAGAUUGGCAAAGCGAUCGAGCCUGCUGGGCGCGAACACCCUAAUCAAUCAGUUGUCAUUCUUCUUGUCGACCCAUUCGAGACUGACUGGUCGACUCAAUUUCUCUGUGCUUGCUAUUGGCGGCUUUUCAGAUAUUGUCGCGCCUCAACCUCGAAAGCGUCACAGAAGGCUCCCCGCAGCGACAUCGUGCUCCAAAUCAUACCCAUCUCGCUACUCGCGUCGCCAGAUGGUUUGGUGGUGCUGGACAGUGCGCAAUACGUCUCCCUCGCAAUGGAAGUGUACAACCGAUGUCCGCCUUCAUCCAAAACGGCAGCUUCGACUGACAUUGGAGCUGCGCUGUCCAUCAUGGCUGCGCCCGCGGUUGAGCUGUCAUCUGUCUCGCCCAAGAGAAUAGCAUUCCAGCUCACGGCUGAUCCGCCAAGCGACCUAAUGCACGAAGGCUCUGUUCUACACCUCGCCUAUUCCCUGAGUCCAGACAAGCUAUGGCUGGCAGUUUGUUGGCUCGAUAGUACUGGUCGAUACCAAAUGACCACUACAUUCUGCCUUCGCGGCCGAUCCUUCAAAGAUGCUGCCGCAGAGGUCUGGGACAGGACCUGCGAGAUCAUCGCUGCAAGGGAGGUGACUUGGCGGGUGUUCAUCGUUGCUGAUACCCACAUCGCGCCUAGCAUUCAGAAAUGCUGGAGAGCUCUUGCGAUCUCCAAGGUCAAGAAGCAGGUCAUGCAUGUAACGCUCAUAGCAGUGGAUGACAGUCCGCCAAUUCAUCUUACGCCUCCGCUUCCGGCGGGGAGCAGUGAGCAAACAGGUCAGACUGCCGGACAAGGGUUUCUCACGCCUGGAUCGACGCCACAACCGGGAAGCUUGACGGUAUCGCCAGACGCGAGCGGUCAGGGCCAUGUUCCACCCACACCUACUCCGGCUGAGCCCACUGCCGCUUCUGAGAAUGACCCAGACGCACACCUCACUGACACCGCGGAUGAGAGCUGGGGCAUGCUUCUCUCCCCAGCAUUUACAUCUUCUUCCGCCACACCGGGCUCAACAGCUGCCAAUACAGUGCCUACCAUGCCUAACCCUCUUGCCAAGGGCCUACUCUUCCGUAGAGGCAAUGCAGCCCCCACACGCACCGCUACGCCGCUGAAAGCAAUGGCUAUCAGCUUGCACUGGGACAUCCGCGUCCGGCCCGGCGGUGCAGUUGAUGAAGGACCAGCUAGGCAGGCGGAGAUGACCCUUAGGGAAGUAUUGCGGAUGUACAGAGGCCUGGCAUUGCUUGGAAGGAUGAGGAGACUGGGUACUGAGCAUGGAAGUCUGCUGCCUUUGCAUGUUGCUUGUGCUGUGAGAGGGGCGGAUGGUGUGAAUGGGUUCUUGUGA